UGUCUUCGUUGGCAUGACUCAGUUUUAUAUAUAAAACAAGUCCUCAGGAUUUCAGCGCACAGACGAGAGCGCGUGUUUUUGUAAUCCCUGACUGAAGACCUGCUGACGCGUGAAAUUCUACCUGCUGAUCGUGUAAAUAACAACAUUUUAUCUUACGGAUAACGAAGCAAUCUAGAACUGUCUAGAAGAUUUUUUGAUUGCUUUGGCCCACCCGUGGUUCAGCAAGGUUUUGCAUAACAUUGAUUCCCUUCAUGUGACAAAAAGAUUUAAGAGCGCGCUCAGUCUGCCAACAAGAACGUGGAGUGAGAUCAAAUUAGGUCAAUAUUUUUUGACAGUUUAAUGCGAAAGUCCAAUUGUAGAAUAUAGAGGCUCUUAGGCGCUUUUCAUCCGGAUUAAACGGAUUUGUUGUUUUCUAAACUAUUCUAUUGGGCUUUAUUCUAAAAAGGACUUCUUUCGUUAUGCAUCAAUUGUAUUGGAUAACUGUCUGCGUGUUCUUCGUCAAACUUAAUAACUACCACAUCGGAGAUUGUGAACCCAUCCAACAAACAAGGAAAAGCAUCACGCCGAAUCUAAACCACAAGCAAAAAGACUCACAACUUGACGCUCUUAUGUUGAGACUAUACCAUGGGCGGCAAACAAUGCUUGCCAAACUUCACGAUGAGAAAGACAAAGAAAGCAGCGACCCUAGCUCGACUCGACUUGCAGCAUCGGGUGACUCAAAGGAGGCGUCCACACUGGGCGAUGCAAGCGGUUAUUGGGGGGAUAUAGGUGGGGAGGAUUUCACCUCGAAUAUGGACCACAACCUAGAUGACGCCAAGGGGGAAGCUGAGCAGAGUGGUGUUUCAGGGGACACAAAGGGGAAGAUAGCAGCGGAAAGUCCCAAACAACAGGAGAAAGGUUUCACCAAGGCAGUGCGCGGAGCGUUAAAGGGACUUGAUACAGCGCGAGGGAAGAGCGCGUUUCUGAGCAUCAAGCGUCGGCGUGUGGGGAAAAUCACUGAUAAAAACUCGCAGCAUCGCUUGUACACAUUUGACCUGAGCCAAGCGGAGAAGGAUGACAUGGUGGGGCCGUAUAUAACGAGUAUCCAGGAUAUCAUAAAACCGCUCACUUUUGCCGGAGACAAAGGGAAUAAGGAGAGUGAUUACGAGAUCAAUGAAUCUAGCGGAAGUGGUCAUCGUCUCACUAGUGGUGGUGGGCUGGACAAGACUAUUGCUCACGAGAUACUCUCAAAGCUCAAGCAUGAAGAAACGCACGAAACGGCCAUUAAGGGAGAAAAAAUCAAGCUUAAGCACAAAACCAAGGUCUCUAAUAAUACAUUAAAAUAUUUCCCUUUUAUGUAUCGCGCCGCCCCUGUACUUAAAUACGCAUAUAUCCCUAUUUCAAUGGCUUGGCAAAAGGGCGCAAAGUGCUUAGACGGGUCCCUACCGGCGUACUUCUACCGGCGUGGGCACGGCGCGGGUACACAUAAAUGGAUCUUGUACCUCCAGGGUGGGGCAUGGUGCGACAGUGCGGAGAACUGCUACCAUCGCAGCAAGACUAAUCUUGGCUCCUCGCGCAACUACAAGCACCUGAUGGAUGCUGGCGGCAUCCUCUCGGACAAGAUGCACGAAAAUAAGCAUUUCCACAGCUGGAACGUAGUUUAUGUGCCUUACUGCGAUGGAGCAUCAUUUACUGGCAACCGGUCUGAUCCCGUUGUGGUCAAAGGGCAACGUCUUUACAUGCGGGGAAAGCGCAUAUUGAGUGCGCUUAUAGACGACCUACUAGUUAAAGGCCUGCAGAACGCCACGGAUGUCGUGUUCACAGGGACGUCUGCCGGGGCCUUGGCCGUCUUAAUGAAUGCUGACUAUGUCAAACAACGCCUACCGGCAUCAACUAGCAUGGUCGCCUUGUCUGAUUCAGGGGUGUUCCUUAAUGAGCCCGAUCUUAAGGGUGUUAAAAAGUUCGGCAAAUCGAUGAAGAGGGUAUACGAGUUGCAUGAUUCAGCGGAUAGCAUCAACCCAAAAUGCGCGCGCAAGAAGGCGGCGAAAGACCGCUGGGAGUGCAUGUUUCCGGCUGAGUUCGUCCGGUCCAUAGAAACGCCGGUUUACAUGGUAAACCCGCUAUACGACGCAUGGCAGCUAGCGAACGUGGUCGGCGUCCGUUGUGUGUACAGUCCGGAGAGCUGCGACAAACACGAGAUGAAGGUGAUUCGAGAAUUCCGCAAGAAGACGUUGAACGCAUUGGAGCCGAUACUACGUAACAAGAAUCACAAGGUAUUUGGUGACGGUUGCAUUGAUCACGGCCAGGUCAUCUUCGAUAAGAAAUGGAACGAGAUUAAAGUGAACAAGCAAGCGAUGCACGAGGCGUUCCACGAGUGGCACCAGGACGUCAAAGGGAUAAAGGACCUGAUUGAUCCGGAAGCAAAGGAAACGGAUACUUACCCUUUCAACCCUACGUGCUGGUCACAUUACCACGGGAAAAGGGACUCGGUACCAUUUGUAUGGGCAGACGUGUGAGUGGCAGAGACUUGAACAAUACCACGUGGAAAAGACUUUUUCAUUACCAGAGAAAAAAGAUUUGUUUAUUCACGGGAAAAAGACUUGCAUAUUACCCAAGGAAAAAGACUUGCAUAUUACCAGGGGAAAGCAAUUGCCUAUGAUCAGGGGAAAAGACUUGUCUAUUACCAAGGGAAAUGACUUGCACUUUACCACGGGGCUUUAAUCAUUUCCACGGGAAAAUGGCUUGCUUAUACCACAGGAAGGAUACUUGCACUGUUGCAAAUUGCCGCGGAAGAGAAAGACUACUCUUCCUACAAGAAAAAGACUUGGUCUUUAAUAUGCAAGAGAAAGACUACUCUUCCUACAAGAAAAAGACUUGGUCUUUAAUAUGCAAGAUGAAUAUUAGCACGGGAAAAAGACUUACAUCUUUUUAAGGAGAAAAUCGUAGGACAUAAUUUUAGCGAUUAUUGCAUUUGAAAGAAUUAAUAAAUUCUCACCGGGUUGGGUUAUAUUGGUAAAUUUCAAUUGAAUAAAUUACUAUUCAUUUGA